UAGCUUGAAACAAUCCAACGGUUUUCAAGCACGCCACGUAUGCUUUCAAUUUAUUCAACGGCAUCUGGAAGCCGAGGAGAAGUUCAGACUCCUCUUUUCUCUCCUCUCAGUUUUUCUCCCCAACGCCCUCUGGCUGGUCUAAACGUCACAUAGACGGCUCGAGGGGGAUUCCGAUUUGGUUAUGCUUGUUCUAGAAUACAAAGGACUCUGUGGGUGCUAAGGGUAUCCCUAAGUGGAGACGAUUUCUUGUUCUAGUAGAUUCUCUGAAAGAUUUUUAUUUUUUCCUGUGGAAACUCGGUUCCUUGGAGGGAUUGUUGGACUAGUAUAUGGCUGUGGCCUUUACCCAUCUCUCGUGGUGGCUGUGGAGUGGAAAACCUCAAAAACCUAGAAUCACAAACGGACCUUCUGUAAAUUCUUCAGUUGAUUCAGGUUUGUGGGAAUCAGACGCUUUAAGAUUUCCUUGGGUUAAGCAGGGAAAAAUGGGGUCCUCAUCAAGGAGGGCGAAGCGCAAAUGGCAUAGUAGAGAAAAACAGACAAUAGAUAAGGAAUAUGAUGUUGUUCUUGUUCCAUCUGAUGGAGGAUGUGUUUCUGAUUCUGAAUCUGAUGGUUCUGAUUGGUCGAUUGGCUGGCUGGAGCCUCAUGGACCUGAGUUUCCAAGUGAUAAUGAAUCAGAUAAAAGUUUUGCCGUCCUGGUCCCCUGUUAUGGACACCAAUACGGUGGCAUAAUGGAGGAUUCUGAGAGCAACAUCCUGAGUGCUGUUGGGAACUUUCCAGAAAGUUAUUCAGAUGAAAGCAAGAAAUAUGUGGAAAACUGGCUAUCAUCUCUUCAAAACAGCUGAUGGAUAAAUACUCGUGCCUGUGAUUUUACACCAUGGAGCCGCCUCUGUAACUGCUGUUUUCUUUCUUUGUGAAAAUCACGUGGUCUGGACCUGUGAAUAAUUGUAUUAUAAUGUAAAAAUUGUUUAGGAAAAAAAAAAGGAAGUGAACAAAACUGCUGGGCUGUGAUUUAAUGGCAUGGCAGAGUAAUGUUGGUCAACUUCGAGGCUGGUACAAUUUGUGAGGAGCAGAUAUGAUGAUUCGGUGCCGUUUUGGUCUCUGCCUCCAAGAAUCAAACAUUUGAAGUGUUGGCUCUGCCUAAGAUGAAAAUGGAAGACUGCAUGUAAGCAUGUUCAAUGAACUUUGGCUGUGGAGCUUGCUAUUCUUUGGUGUAAAUACCGUGUGUGUGUGUGUUUUUUUUUUUUUUGGGGGGGGGGGGGUGGGGUUGUUUGUAAGCUUAGUCACUUUGUGAAUAAUUGUAUAGAAGGUGUGUGUAUAUAACAUGAAUGUACUCUGUGUGUUGGGCUUUUGGGGAAAGUACUGUACUUCAUCCUCUUGAAGUAGCAAGUUUAAUGUAGUUUCUUGCUUUGAGAAUUUAAUACUUAUUGUCCUUGCAUUGGGAAAA